CUUCUACAUCCUGUCGUGAGCCAAGUGUUGAGCAGCUACAUGUAAGUACUACUUGCCCCAAGUAGUGGAGGACACUGAAAUCAGGUCCAGAAAUGCCAUUGGUGUGCUUGACAGACUUUCAGGCUUCUGCCCAGGAGCGUCUUUCUAAAUCCUCUUGGGAUUUUAUUGAAGGAGGAGCUGGAGAUGGCACUACAAAAGAUAACAAUGUUGCAGCAUUUAAAAAAAUCCACCUCCGACCCCGGUACCUGAAAGAUGUGUCAGAGGUGGACACUAAAACUAUGAUCCAAGGGGCAGAGGUUAGCGCCCCCAUUUGCAUCGCACCCACAGGUUUCCACUGCCUGGCCUGGCCCGAUGGAGAAUUGAGCACAGCCCGAGCUGCCCAAGCAGCUAACAUCUGCUACAUCACCAGCACAUAUUCCACCUGUAGCCUUGAAGACAUUGUUACUGCAGCUCCCAAAGGUCUUCGCUGGUUCCAACUCUAUAUGCAAACAAACCGGCAACUAAACCAACUGCUGGUCCAGAGAGUAGAAGCUCUAGGUUUUCAAGCUCUGGUCAUCACUGUGGAUGUGCCCAUGCUUGGUAACAGACGCCAUGACCUUCGAAAUCAGCUGGACUUGAAGUCGAAUUUACUGCUGAAGGAUCUUCGGUCACACAAGGGGCAGAUAAACCCCAUGCCUGUUCUCCAAAUGUCUCCUAUCGAUUCAUCCUUCAGCUGGAGCGAUCUCUCCUGGGUUCAGAGCAUAACUCAGUUGCCCAUCAUCCUUAAAGGGAUCUUGACCAAAGAGGAUGCAGAGUUAGCUGUGAAGCACAAUGUACAAGGCAUCAUUGUUUCAAACCAUGGUGGGAGGCAACUCGAUGAGGUUCUUCCUUCAAUUGAUGCCUUGACAGAAGUGGUAGCUGCCGUCAAAGGGAAGAUUGAAGUGUAUGUGGACGGUGGGAUUCGAACUGGAAAUGACGUGCUUAAGGCCUUAGCCCUUGGGGCAAAGUGUGUUUUUCUUGGGAGACCAAUCCUGUGGGGUCUUGCUUGCAAGGGUGAACAUGGUGUUGAGGAAGUUUUGAACAUCAUAAAAAAUGAAUUCCGCACUUCCAUGGCUCUGACAGGGAUGGCAAUGUCCACAUUGCACAGAGGAGAGUCUGUGCUGCACAGAGCAAUCGUGGGCAGGUUAAGAAACCUGUGAGAAGCUGGUGAGCCC